AUGACCAUUAUCACGGCGAUACUACUCUUGUUUACUACUACUACAUCCCCCUUUCUGCUACUAUCCUGCUAUGCCGCUGCUGCUACUGCAUCUUCUACUACUAUGGAGGGUCAUCGUCAUCAUCCUCCCUCAAUGAGAUGUUCUCUGGGCUUUGUCUUCUCCUCGGGUAAAGGUGUGAAGACUAAGGUGGUUGUCGGGGCAAGGAUUCGCAUGGAGCAUAAAGUAGCCCAUGGUGGUCGAACGUCGUCGAAGAAGAAGAGUAUAAAGGCAGCAGUCUACAAUGCCGAGCUAACACAUGUCAGUAUUGCCGAAGAAAACUCCGAAGAAGGGUUGUGCAGGCUGCAAAGCUACCUCAAUCCUCCGGAUAGAGAUCGUCGUCAUCGUCGUGAUUCCCCUCAUAUCAAAUAUCCUCAUAAUAAUGAUAUGGUGCUAGAAGCAUGCGAGAAGUACAUCGUACAGCUUGGUUAUGAUCGUGAAUUCAAAGGAGAUAUGCAUUCUGAUGCCGACUGGAAGAACAUACAUAUCCUCGAAUCUAGCACUAAAAAGACGGAGGGAGAUAAGGCACUGUUCGCUAUUUAUAAUGUGCUCCUUGCCACUGAUGUUGCAACAACAACAACAUCGGGUCGUGCGCAACUUGCUGCCGUGACAUGGUCCAAUGAUGUUGCUAAGGCAACGUUAAAAGCUACUGUAAGUGGUAGAGAUAUGAAACUCGACAAGAUCGUCACAAAUCUGCCAUACCUAAGGUGA